UCUGUCCUGGUAUUUAUUGCGCUUCCACGUUAAACAUCGUAUAUUAAUCAAGCGAGAGAGAGGAGGCGGAGAAAGACAUCGAUCGUGUCUCAGAUCUGAUCCCGCUCACUUCACCGCCACCAUUAUCAAUGGAGUCAAAUCAAUCCGGUUCCGAGAGAGACAAAGGGAGCAGCUUGCCGUCGUCCAUCUCCGUCGUCUGCAGCUUCUGGAGAGAAUUUGAUCUAGAAAAGGAAAGAAGUGGUCUUGAUGAACAAGGGCUAAAAAUCGCUGAAAACCAGGAAGUUAGUCAAAAGAACAGGCGGAAGCUUGCAGAGAGUACUCGGGAUUUUAAGAAAGCAUCUAAAGAUGAGAAGCUAAGUUUGUUUAACUCCUUACUCAAGAAUUAUCAAGAAGAAGUCGACAAUCUUACAAAGAGAGCAAAAUUUGGUGAAAAUGCAUUUCUUAACAUAUACCAGAAGCUUUAUGAAGCUCCAGAUCCUUAUCCAGCUCUUGCUUCUUUUGCUGAGCAAGAUGAAAAGCUGUCAGAACUUGAGUCUGAAAAUCGAAAGAUGAAGCUUGAACUUGAAGAAUACAGAUCUGAAGCUACUCAUCUAAGGAAUCAGCAAGCUACAAUUAGAAGACUUGAGGAUCGGAAUCGCCAACUAGAACAACAGAUGGAAGAAAAAGUUAGAGAGAUUGUCGAAAUCAAACAACGUAGCCUUGCAGAAGAAAACCAGAAAACUCUGGAAGUCCUCAAAGAAAGGGAACUUUUGUUGCAAGAUCAAUUACGGCAAGCCAAGGAAAGUGUGGUCAAUAUGCAGAAAUUGCAUGAGAUUGCCCAAAGCCAGUUGUUUGAACUUCGUACUCAAUCAGAGGAAGAAAGAGCUGCAAAGGAAUCUGAGGUAAAUCUCCUAAUGGAUGAAGUUGAACGGGCUCAAACACGGCUAGUUAGUCUGGAGAGAGAAAAGGGCCUUCUGCGUUCUCAGGUGCAGUCAACUGACGAAGAAAAUGGAGAUAAGAAAAGUGAUCUAGAGGUGAGCAGUAUAUUGGAAAGUUCCUUGAAUGUAAAGGAGAAGAUAAUCUCUGAGUUGAAUAUGGAACUUCAUAAUAUGGAAACCACGUUAUCAAAUGAGAGGGAGCAACACUUGAAUGAGAUUAAAAAGUUGAAUGCACUACUCAAUGAGAAGGAUACUGCUCUUGUGGAAAUGAGAAAAGAACUUCAAGAAAGGCCAACUGCAAAAUUAGUUGACGAUCUCCAUAAAAAAGUCAAAAUUUUGCAGGCUGUUGGUUACAACUCCAUUGAGGCUGAAGAUUGGGAACUCGCUACCAGUGGUGAAGAAAUGAGCAAGCUGGAGUCUCUUUUACUUGACAAAAAUCGAAAAAUGGAGCAUGAAUUAACACAACUAAAGGUUAAAAUUUCAGAGAAAGCUAGUCUACUGGAAGCUGCUGAAGGUAAGAUUUCAGAACUAACUGCAAAGGUGGAUGAACAACAAAAGCUGAUUGCAAAACUGGAAGAUGACAUUCUUAAGGGCUAUAAUUCCACUGAACGGAAAGGUUCACUUCUGAAUGAUUGGGAUCUUCAGGAAAUAGGCUCAAGUGAAGUAUCUGAGGGUGCAGAUCAUAGGCUUAUCGCUUCAGAUCAAGACCAAAGUUCAAUGCUAAAGGUCAUAUGCAAUCAACGUGAUCGUUUCCGAACACGCUUACGAGAAGCAGAAGAGGUAUGCAAUUUUACCACAGAUAAGUUAAAGCUCUAUACUUUAUUUUUUGAACUUUUUCUUAUAUAUUCCUGUCAUAUAUAUCAGCAAGUGAGGCAACUGAAGGAGAAGAUUGGGAUGCUAACUGUAGAACUAGAAAAUACAAAAGCUGAUAAUGUAAAACUUUAUGGGAAGAUUCGUUAUGUCCAAGAUUACAGUCUUGAAAAGCUUUCUUCCAGAGGGCCUAAGAAGUAUGCAGAAGAUGUUGAAAGUGGUUUUUCUUCUGAUGUUGAGUCCAAGUACAAGAAGAUGUAUGAGGAUGAUAUAAAUCCUUUUGCUGCUUUCUCGAAGAAGGAAAGGGAUCAACGAUACAAGGAGCUUGGAAUAAGAGAUAAAAUUACACUUAGUAGUGGGCGUUUUCUGCUUGGCAACAAAUAUGCCCGAACAUUUGUCUUCUUUUACUCCAUCGGUUUGCAUCUCCUUGUGUUCACAUGCUUAUACAGAAUGUCAGCAUUAAGCUAUCAAAGCACUACACCUGGCCAUAACGAAGCCAUCCUGGAUGCUGGGAACCUCACUCUAUCUCAUGCAUUUUAAUGCAUAUAGUGUAGUGGUGAAUCAGUGGAAGUUCGGGUCUGUAGGCAACAACAACAACAUCCCUACACGGAGCCAGAAUUCGUGACCAAAGCUGCCUUCUUGGAUAUGAUGGGGAGAUCAUUGUACAUAAAAUGAGUCCGCGCCGAUCCAGUUUUCAUGGUCAAUGAGCCUGCUUGUUGUUUUUCUUGAUUGUUGAAAAGCAGAGAUAUUACGAUGGCAUACAAAGAAAAAAAGGAACUGUUUGAUUUUUCUUUAGUAUACACAUGAAAAUUUAAGCUACGACAUCAUUUGCUGUAGAUGCUAUUCGGGUGUUUCCUUAAUGCUGCUUGCAAAUAGCUCAA